AUGAAUUCUCGAAGUGUGCAAACUGGAAUUAUCUACAGGUGGGCGCAAAAGAAUGGCAAAAGUUACCUGACCAGUGCAAGGCGUGCCGAAUGUACAAACGAAAACACGGCCUGCGAGAGCACGUAUGAAUAUGACCAUUCCCCAAACCAUGAAACACACGAAUUACAGAGUGCAGAGUUUCGUGGUCAAGUGAGGGAAGACAUAUUCCCGUACGAAAGUUUAACUAAGAUCGAAGGUGACAACGAUCAUAAGAAUAAAACACAUACAAGAAACGUUCUCAAUCUCAACCAAUUAGGAAUGGAAAAGGAAUUAAUUUUUCAAAAUGAAAUGCUAAGAAAUGUGUUAAGAAGUUCUCAGAAUGUUAAGGAAAUGCAAAGGGAAUUGUUUAAUGUGGAUGUGCGCGAUUUUGUGCCUGUGUCACCUCCACCCCCGGAGGCGAAAAGCUCGUAUUCGAUUAGGCGAAAUCACUCCCAUUUUUGUGAAAAAAAAAGCGGACACAAUGAAGCAGGUGAAGCUAAUGAAGUGGGUGAAGUCAAUGAAGUGGGUGAAGCUAAUGAAGUCAAUGAAAAAGAUAAAAACAGGGACUCUAUUUAUGCUGCUAAUUAUGGAGGGAACGUAACUAUACGUGAUGGUAACCAAAAAAGCAAUCCAAGCACAUCCCAUUGUAAGGGGAAAAAUCCAUCAGAAUCAAAGUUAAACUUACACCAACCAAGAAUAGGAGAAAUAAAAGUCAACAUAGAUGAUAUAAAGAGCAGCCUACUGUCCUACUAUUCCAACGUUUAUUCCUUGGAUCAUUACGAUAUAGAAGAAAGAAUAAACAUUUUAAAAUAUGGCGAAAAAAACAUUUCUGACUCUGUUCAAACAAAAUAUUGUUAUAAAAAGAGGGAAUUACCUCAAAGACUCCCUUUUCUGCAUUAUAAUGAUGAGUUAAAUAAUUCUAGCUCUUUUUCAUAUCAAACUAUAUCACCUGACUAUUACUACGCAGAGGGUAUCCAUCGAUCCAGAGAUAAAAGGGAAAAGUAUCACUCGGACUUGAAAUACUCGGGGGACAAGCGAAACAUUAAAAAAGUAAAUGCUUUCGAAAGUGAAUACGAUCAUGUUGGUCAAAUUUCCGAGCUUCUAACAAGCUUAAAAAAUAAAUGUGCAGAUGCGAGCUUCAAGGCCCAGAAUCUGACUUCCAAAUUUGAAAGAAAAUACGAGAACCCGGACAACCGAUUUUGGAUUCAUAACCUGGUACCAAUGCAUCUUAGAAAACCGAGUCUCCAUAACGAAGACGAUAUUAGGAAUCACCUCGUCGUGACAUAUUCACAACUGCACAACGAAGCAAUGUUAAACAAGAAAAGAAUAGAGGCCUUGGAAAAAAAGUUACAUAUAUUAAAACUGAGGGCAAACUUACCUAAGGGUGGAUAUAGGAUGGAGACACGGAAUGCUUUGUAA